UGCCACAAUUUUUCGAGCUGUAAAUAGGACAACGAUGCCCAAUAUGGUGGAAUCUUCAUCUUGGAUCGUAGUUCAUCAGAUGUACGUCCGUUCGGGUGCCUUUAUUUUCAUUGGACUGAUUCAAGACACUUGCAUAAAGCCUUGGACCCAUCAUCCGCCAUCUCCAUCCAAAGUAGAUACCGCUUUUCAGUCAUUUUUAGGUUGGGCUCGGCUUGUUAUAGGAUACAAUAUCAUGUUAGCGAAAGGAAUUGUUUUUGGUCAACCAAGCGGCAACACGCUUGAGGGA